AUGGUCCAUCAAUCACACGCCUACCACAUACUAAAACCUAGCCCAUGGCCCCUGACAGGAGCCCUCUCAGCCCUCCUAAUAACAUCCGGCCUGGCCAUAUGAUUCCACUUCCACUCCACAACCCUACUAUUAACAGGCAUACUAACCAACGCACUAACCAUAUACCAAUGGUGACGAGAUGUAGUGCGAGAGAGCACAUAUCAAGGCCACCACACACUGCCUGUCCAAAAAGGUCUCCGAUACGGGAUAAUCCUAUUCAUCACCUCAGAAGUCUUUUUCUUCGCCGGAUUUUUCUGAGCAUUCUACCACUCUAGCCUAGCCCCCACCCCCCAACUCGGAGGACACUGACCCCCAACAGGCAUUACUCCCCUUAACCCCUUAGAAGUCCCACUCCUAAACACAGCCGUACUACUUGCAUCAGGAGUCUCAAUUACUUGAGCCCAUCACAGCCUAAUAGAAAACAAUCGUACCCAAAUAAUUCAAGCACUACUCAUCACGAUCUUACUAGGCAUCUACUUCACACUCCUCCAAGCUUCAGAGUACAUUGAAGCUCCCUUCACCAUCUCUGACGGCAUCUACGGCUCAACAUUCUUCAUGACCACAGGAUUCCACGGCCUCCACGUCAUUAUUGGAUCAACAUUCCUCACUGUGUGCCUGAGCUGCCAACUAUUAUUCCACUUCACAUCCAAACACCACUUUGGCUUUGAAGCCGCUGCCUGAUAUUGACACUUUGUAGAUGUAGUCUGACUAUUUCUGUACGUCUCCAUCUACUGAUGAGGGUCUU